AACGUUUUUGUGACCUAGACGAAAAACGCACAUUUUAUGCAAUCAACAGCCAUGAUGUCCACAAUGUUGCCCCUAUCCACGGCUCUACGCCAGUUCUCGUCGAGACAGGUUACUUUGAACAACUCUUUCCUCGCAAAAGUAUGUGCAACCCACGUUAAAUCGUUUUCGACGUCCCAUCAUCGCAAUGCUGGACCCCCGACCAAGGCCGGUGGAAAGACAGUGUACGUCCGUGACAAACCUGUGAUGAACAUUGGGACAAUCGGACAUGUUGACCACGGGAAGACCACAUUAACAGCUGCAAUUACCAAGAUUUUGUCCGAGUCCAAUCAGGCUCAAGCCAGGAGGUACGAGGAAAUUGACUCGAGCCCAGAAGAAAAGAAAAGAGGGAUUACAAUAAACUCGACCCUCGUGACCUACGAGACAGAGAAUAGAAAAUAUGGUCAUAUUGACUGUCCCGGACACAAGGACUACAUCAAAAACAUGAUCACAGGUACUGCUCAGAUGGAUGGGUGCAUACUAGUGGUUGCUGCAACAGAUGGUGCGAUGCCACAAACAAGAGAGCACAUCCUUCUUGCUAAGCAGAUUGGGGUUGAGAGAAUGGUGGUUUUCAUUAAUAAAGCUGAUGCUUCCGAUGAAGAAAUGUUGGAACUUGUGGAGAUGGAAGUGAGAGAACUUUUAGCCCAGUAUGGCUUUGAUGCAGACAAUACUCCAUUCAUAAAAGGCUCUGCCUUGUGUGCCCUUGACGGCAAAAACCCAGAGCUUGGAAAAGAGAGAAUAAAAGAACUCUUGGAGCAGUGUGAUUUUUAUCUGCCCGUUCCAACAAGAGAUCUUGACAAGCCCUUCUUUUUACCUGUGGAACAUGUGAUGUCAAUAACGGGAAGAGGAACAGUAGUCACUGGAAAGCUGCAAACUGGAGUGAUCAAGAAAGGCGAAGAAAGUGAAGUUAUCGGAUUCAACAAAAUGUUCAAAGCCCAAAUUAUUGGAGUUGAAAUGUAUCGACAAAUUCUCGAGCAAGCCCAGGCCGGGGACCAGGUGGGAUGUUUGAUCAAAGGUGGGAAAAAGGAAGAUCUUAAAAGAGGCGUGUUUGUGGUGAAACCUGGCACCUACCCCUUGAACAAUCAUGCCGAAGCUAAGGUGUUCUUUGUCUCAGAAAAAGAAGGUGGUCGAUCAAAAGCUUUCAUGAAGAACUUCUACGCCAAUGUGUUCAGCUACACUUGGAACAUGAACACUUACUUUGAACUGGUCGACAAAGACAUGGUGAUGCCAGGCGAGGAUGCGAAAGUGAACCUUAAGAUGCAGAAGAAGAUGGGUUUGAAGGAGGGGCAGAGGUUCACCAUCCGUGGAGGGGGUAAUGAUGGGAGCGUAACUGUGGGAUACGGUGUGGUCACAAAGAUAAUGGAUGAGGUCAACUUUGACGACAUGCAGGCAGAGCUUAUAUCAGCUAAAAAAGCUAAGAAGAAGCUUGAAAAAGCCAACAGCUAAAUGUCUAAAUAUUAAACUUUCAUCUUGGACUUCUUUAAAUAUAUUGUAUUUUAGAAGAGACGAACAUGACCUUUGGUCCGCAUUUUUUGUACAUUGUGUAGAUGUGACUGAUUGUAUGAUUGCUAUUUUGUCUAUAUAAAAUUCAUCCAUGAAUUCAG